AUGUCAAUGGCUUGCGCCCAGCUUUGCACAUCGUUUGAUUGCAUUAAUCGUCUUCACAAUGACUUCCCAAGAGAGGCAGAGCGCAGUAAACUGGAAUUCGGUAUGAGACAUUCUGGAUAUCCAACAUAG